AUGACUCGUGGCAGGGCUAGCUACGCGCGUGUCGCCUCUUCUGAAGGGCACCCACACCGACCCAAGGCACUUCGUCCAACUACUACAGCCUUUGUUUUUGCUCUCUUGUUCAUGUCAAACAUCGCCUUUCUCGGCCUAUGGUUGCAAUCCACGCAAUUGAGCGAUACAUGUGUUAAGCCUAAGCUCUCAUACUCUCCAGCCCGUACAGCGAUCAAAUACGAGCCACGGCGCCUUUACCGAGAUAUCGACCACAACGACUUUACAGGUGACCCUCGACCGGAAUUCGAUGCAGCGUGGAAUCAUUUGCUACAACCAAUGACCAUCAAAAUCUCAAAAGAGGAGCUCUCCAAUCUCCCUGACUCAAGCAUCGCUUUCAAAGACGGGUCCGGCUACAUCGCCGAGUUGGCCGUCUACCAUGAACUGCAUUGCAUUAAACGUUUGCGCCGCCAUUUCCAUCUCGACCGGUAUUACCCGAACAUGACAGCGGACGAAUGGGAGCGCGAGCAAACCCACGUCAACCACUGCCUGGAAUACUGGCGCGAGGCAGCCAUCUGCCGCGGAGACACGACGCUCAGCACGUUCCAGUGGCUAGGGGGCUUGCCAUAUUCGCGGGUGUACAGCGACCAUGAGUGUGUCAACUGGGCGACACUUGACGGGUGGGCACGCGGACGGAUGGUCAAUAUGACCAGCUUUGAACACUUGGUGGCCCCGUGA